ACCUUUCUGAGAAGUAACAGAAGAGGCCUAAUUUUAGCUAAAUAACAGGCAAAACCAGAUCAGGAGUAUAAAGGAAUUUUCUCUUGGAAGUGAUUUAUUGUCUGUAAACUUUUUUUGCCCAGGUUUCUACAUUUCCAGAAUACCCUCUUACUAGUUUUAAAUCAUUUAGCUUGUGGGUGGCUAUUUAGGUGCUGUUGAAGUAUUUAUGGUUAGGAGAUGUUUAUUGGGGGAAAUCUUAAAUUUGUAAUUCUUGAAGUUAUAUAGUGUUAAGAUACUUGUUUUAUUUCUCUUGUAGCACUCAUGGGGUAAAGAUUCUUGUCUUUUUCAUUAUAAAAAGCUGUAUAUAAAAAGCUGUAUCCCUUAAUAUACGGAUCAUACAGUGAUAGCAAAUCAAAGGUAAAGAUACGAACAGAAUCCUCAGUUCCUCAUUUCUUAUGUGUACUCUGCAUCGUAAUUUAGUCAAAGUUUAUUAGACAUCUGCUAUAAGUUACACGUGUUAGGCACUAGGAAUACAAAGUUGUCUCUCAUUUCACUUCAUUUAGUAUACUAACAUUUAGUAUACUGCCAGGUUUUGUUAGGUACUUUUAGCACAUGUCUACUUUAUUCUCCUAACAUCUAUGUGUAGUGGAGAUCACAGACUCAGUAAUAUACCUUAUACAGGGAUUUUAUGACUAAACGCAGUUAACCAGGUCUUGACUCCAAAAUUCUCUUCUUUAUAUAUCCAGUACUGGGUUUGUUUGUUUGUUUGCCCCUCCAGAUCCGCUCUUAACCCUUCUCUGCCUUGCUCUGUGCCCCAGAGGGAGUUCUUCUAAGGACUACCUUGUUUAGACUCCUUUGUUGGACUUAGCCAAUGUGAGGCAUUGGCAGGAUGUUGGAAAGCCAGAGAGAGAAGCUGGAUAUUAUUCUUUCAGUUGCUGUUGCACAGCUCUUCGAACAUCUAUGAUUACCGUCUUCUGUAAGUCCAGCUGUUUCAAGAAUUCACUGAAGGAACCAAGUAGGAUUUUCUUACAUCAUGACUUAAUCUGAAUGCAAGAACAAGAAAUAGGUUUUAUCUCUAAAUAUAAUGAAGGGCUGUGUGUAAACACAGACCCUGACUCAAUUCUAAUGAGCAUUUUAGACAUGAGUUUACAUCGGCAAAUGGGUUCAGAUCGUGAUCUUCAGUCUUCUGCCUCAUCUGUGAGCUUGCCUUCAGUGAAAAAGGCACCCAAAAAGAGAAGAAUUUCAAUAGGCUCUCUGUUUCGGAGAAAAAAGGAUAACAAACGUAAAUCAAGGGAGCUAAAUGGUGGGGUGGAUGGAAUUGCAAGCAUUGAAAGUAUACAUUCUGAAAUGUGUACUGAUAAGAACUCCAUUUUCUCUACAAAUACCUCCUCUGACAAUGGAUUAACUUCUCUCAGCAAACAAAUUGGAGACUUUAUAGAGUGCCCUUUGUGCCUUCUGCGGCAUUCUAAGGACAGAUUUCCUGAGAUAAUGACUUGUCAUCAUAGAUCUUGUGUGGAUUGCUUACGACAAUAUCUAAGGAUAGAAAUAUCUGAAAGUAGAGUUAAUAUCAGUUGCCCAGAAUGUACUGAACGGUUUAAUCCCCAUGAUAUUCGCUUGAUAUUAAGUGAUGAUGUCUUAAUGGAAAAAUAUGAAGAAUUUAUGCUUAGACGGUGGCUUGUUGCAGAUCCUGAUUGUAGGUGGUGUCCGGCUCCAGAUUGUGGAUACGCUGUGAUAGCAUUUGGAUGUGCUAGCUGUCCAAAAUUAACUUGUGGGCGAGAAGGCUGUGGAACAGAGUUUUGCUACCACUGUAAACAGAUUUGGCACCCCAAUCAGACCUGUGAUGCUGCUCGGCAAGAGAGAGCCCAGAGUUUACGUCUGAGAACUAUACGUUCUUCAUCCAUUAGUUAUAGUCAAGAAUCUGGAGCAGCAGCUGAUGAUAUAAAGCCAUGUCCACGAUGUGCUGCUUAUAUAAUAAAGAUGAAUGAUGGGAGCUGUAAUCACAUGACAUGUGCUGUCUGUGGUUGUGAGUUUUGUUGGUUAUGUAUGAAAGAAAUCUCAGAUUUACAUUAUUUAAGUCCAUCAGGUUGUACUUUUUGGGGGAAGAAACCCUGGAGCCGAAAGAAGAAGAUAUUGUGGCAGCUGGGGACACUUGUUGGUGCUCCUGUAGGAAUUGCUUUAAUAGCUGGCAUUGCUAUCCCUGCAAUGAUUAUUGGCAUUCCUGUCUAUGUGGGCCGUAAGAUUCACAACCGAUACGAAGGCAAGGACGUUUCAAAGCACAAACGGAAUUUGGCCAUAACAGGUGGUGUAACAUUGUCUGUAAUAGUAUCUCCAGUUGUAGCUGCAGUAACUGUAGGUAUUGGUGUUCCUAUUAUGUUAGCCUAUGUCUAUGGUGUUGUUCCAAUUUCUCUCUGUCGAAGCGGAGGUUGUGGAGUCUCAGCAGGCAAUGGAAAAGGAGUCAGGAUUGAAUUUGAUGAUGAAAAUGAUAUAAAUGUUGGUGGAACUAAUACAGCUGUAGACACAACUUCAGUAGCAGAAGCAAGACACAACCCUAGCAUAGGGGAGGGAAGUGUUGGUGGUCUGACUGGCAGUUUGAGCGCGAGUGGAAGCCACAUGGAUCGCAUAGGAGCCAUUCGAGACAACUUGAGUGAAACGGCCAGUACCAUGGCUCUGGCUGGAGCCAGUAUAACAGGGAGUCUGUCAGGAAGUGCCAUGGUAAACUGUUUUAACAGGUUGGAAGUACAAGCGGAUGUACAGAAAGAACGGUACAGUCUAAGCGGAGAAUCUGGCACAGUCAGCUUGGGAACAGUUAGUGAUAAUGCCAGCACCAAAGCAAUGGCAGGAUCUAUUCUGAAUUCCUACAUCCCGUUGGACAAAGAAGGCAACAGUCUGGAGGUGCAAGUAGAUAUUGAAUCAAAGCCAUCUAAAUUCAGGCACAACAGCGGAAGUAGUAGCGUGGAGGAUGGCAGCGCCGCUCGGAGUCAUCCUGGUGGUUCAUCCAGUGGUUUGCCUGAAGGUAAAUCCGGUGCCACCAAGUGGUCCAAAGAAGCAACAGCAGGAAAGAAAGCAAAAAGUGGUAAAUUGAGGAAAAAGAGUACCAUGAAGAUAAAUGAGACCAGAGAGGACAUGGAUGCACAGUUGUUAGAACAGCAAAGCACGAACUCAAGUGAAUUUGAGGCUCCAUCCCUGAGUGACAGUAUGCCAUCUGUAGCGGAUUCGCACUCUAGUCAUUUUUCUGAAUUUAGUUGUUCUGACCUAGAAAGCAUGAAAACUUCUUGUAGUCAUGGUUCCAAUGAUUAUCAUGCCCGCUUUGCUACUGUUAACAUUCUUCCUGAGGUAGAAAAUGACCGUCUGGAAAAUUCUCCACAUCAGUGUAGCAUCUCUGUGCUUACCAAAACUGCUUCGUGUUCAGAAGUUCCACAGUUGAAUCAUAUUGCUGAAGAACAUGGUAACAAUGGAAUAAAACCCAAUGUUGAUUUAUAUUUUGGUGAUGCACUAAAAGAAACAAAUAAUAACCACUCACAUCAGACAAUGGAAUUAAAAGUUGCAAUUCAGACUGAAAUUUAGGCCUAUAAAUGCUGCAAAUUAAUUACCACUGAACAACCUUGUUUGGAGCUGGUUGAACUACAUGUGACUACUUUAAGUUUCAAGUUACCAGCAAAUGCCAGGUUGCAUAAUCUAAUGCAGAUACAUUUUCUGUGUUCAGCAAAGCGUUGUGUUUCAUGUGGCUCUUAAUUACCAAACUAUGAAAUGAAGGCUUUAAAAAGUGCAUUAUUGUAAGGACAAUAAUUCUUAAGAGAAGUACGUUUUGUGUGUUCACCACAAAACAAUGCUUGAAGCACAUACUGUGUAUUUAGAUAGAAAUUUGGCUUAAUUUAUAAUCAGUAUAAAGUACUAAUGCAAUUAGAAACAUUCUUAUGAAGAAAACUUGAGGCUUAGGGAUAAGUGGUUAGUGACAUUUUAUUGAAACCACUAAUGGAUACUGUUUAAAGAACUUUGCAGGUUACUCUCAGUAUAUGAUCCUCUUUGUAACAUUUCUGUUCAUAACUGGGUAUAAAUUUCAUUUUUUUCUUCAUAUGCAAUGUGGAUAUAUAAAGCUUAAUGCAGCCCAUUUGCUACCAUUUGGAUACUUAGACACUUUGAGCAAGAUUGUGGCAGUUUUUGCACAACUUUGAAAUAGAAAUACCUGGUACUCUCUCUAUAUCUUGCAUCUUGCUGUUGCCAUCUUAGAAGCAAAGUGUAAAAGUAGGUAAUUAAGUAUACUGACAGCACCAAAUAAGGUCUAUAAAACUACAAAAUACAAUUCCAUUAGUUUAUAAGUAUUACAAAAAAGUCACCUUCUACCAAGGGGAUAUUUGCACCCCAUUGAUUCUUGGUGCCUUUGGAAUAGACUGGAUUUUAAGGGCCUAGUUGUUUGAAGAUUUUGCUAUAUUGUUUUCCAUAGUGUCCUCUCUAGCCACUUUGGAUUAUGUAGACAAAUACAAGAUAGAUAAACAUGAUUAAUAAUAACAACGCUGAAAAAGUAUUAGCCUACCAAAGACACACUCAGGCUUCAGUGAUUACAUAACCUCAGUUUUUAACACAUGUGUAUCUUCUCUGAUCAUGAGCUCAAAGCACGGUGCAGAGUUUGUACCAAGUACUGAGGAGGGGAUCCGUGUAUGGCUGGCUUUACUUUCUUUUGCUUUUGUUUAUGGAGGGUGGUCAGCUGACAUAAACAGAAGUUGGCCAGAAUACUGCCUAUACUGUUAUAUAAAACAGGUUAACCUCAAUGAUAGCAGUUGAAAUGUUCCAUCUUAAGUGUUUCUGUUAAGUAUUACCAUUAUGGUGCUACUGAGCGUUUUCUUUUGAUAAAAAGAAAAAUGCCCUGGGCUGCAGUCUUCUUCCAUCACUUGUUCUCACCAGGUCCAUUAAUAUGCUUAUAACACUAGUGCCAGUUAUUUUAUUUGAUAAUGCUUAUUAUGGUAUUUGUAUAUUUGUUUGCAUUCCAAUUUUGUUCAACAGUGAGUGUGUAAACUGCAUACAUUAAAUAAAUGUAAAUACUAAUGUAUUGCUGCCUUAUGGUUCGUUUGCAAGUGUUUUUAUAAGAACAAGAAUACUUAUUUGCUAUAUGGCAGGUAUUUAUAGAUCUUGCAAGCUAUUGAGAUGAUUCUGUAUCCUAGUCUCAGCCCAAAAGGAAGCAUCUGCUGAAAUUCUCAACGAACAAUGUUAGAAACUGUCCUUUCUUCAUGUCUGAUACUUGCCUUUCCUCUAGAAAGAAGCUGCUUUAUUCAUCAACAUAUUUUAUUUUUUAAAGUGAAUUGGGAUCUAUCAUUAAAUGUGAAAAGAUACGUAUUAUAAAUCCUCAUCUUAACAGAAAAGUAAAAAGAUCUUAAAAGACUAUUCUAAGAUUUUCUCUGGCCACAUAAGACCAUGAAACUAGAGCCAUUUAAAUUUAAGCUAGUAAUUGUAAUCAAAUGCUUUCCAUCCUCGUAGCCUCUAAAAAAUGCAUUGGUAAUUGUUUAAAUUUCCUGUUACAUAGUUAAUAAUGAAACUAAUAUGUAUGCAUAUGUUGCCCACCUUCUUGACAUUUCUGUAAAAGACCGAAGAUUAAAUGGAAAGUGAAACGCGUUUUGGAGGAAUACGGCAAAAGUGGUGCCACAGAGGAGGUCAGUGCAUUCAGUGUACCUCACUCCACUUCUGGUUGUGCCCUCAACAAGUACUGCCCCAGUCUCACUUGAAAAAAAUGGUCUAAACCUUUCCACUGGUUUCAGAAGUUCCUUCAUCUCCCACGGAUCCUUCACACUUGGAUUAAUUUAGGACCAAGCCAAAUUCCCCUAGAGCUCAACUCUGAGAACACGAGAAUACUCCAGGGUUCAAGCAGGCCUUAACUCACCAAAAUCUUUGUAAGACCAUUUGUAGUUUGCUUUUUUUAAGGCCUACAGGGGAAAAGUCACAGAGUAGUGAGAGAGAAGAAUACAAAGAUUAUAAUGGCAUUACUCUACUGUUGGUUAUGUAGACCACCAGUUUAAUGGGAUUCUCUUAAAUAUACAAAUUCCCAGCCUCAGAGCACUGAAUCUGCUUUUAUGGUAAAUUUACACAGUCCAUCACUAUUAUUUUCACUGCAAAUUGAGUUAAUUUGUAAAUAUGUAAGACUUUCCACAGCAUAUUGUCUAGUUAAAUGUAAACUUUGACCACCAAAGGGUAAAAUAUAUGUUGAAAACCAUCAUAGCUAUUAAUUCCUACAUGAGCAAAAUACCUAACCUCCUGUUCUCUGAUUAUUUUGCCUUUAUAGCCAGAGUCAUUAGGAUUCUCAGGGCUACGUUUUAUAUGGUUCCUUUUAAUAGGCUUGUUUUAUUUAUUUCCCUUAUUGAAGCAUGAGUUAUCAUUGCUAAAAGCCAAUGUUUACAUACUGGUGGGUUUUGAAUGCUCAGAAUAGUAUUGUAAACUUGGGGAGAGUUACAGUGUUUUGGUAACCAUCAUUUAAUAGAUGAAUAGUGAAAGGGAGUUUGCAGGUUUUAAAUUUAGUUCAAAUUUAAUCAUUGUAUUUCAUAUGCUAGUCAGAAUUUUUGGGAUUCCUGCCAAUUUAUUCAACUAAAUAACAAAGUAGACUGGAGAUACAGCAUUGUAUCAGACACCGUGGCUUCAAUGGCCUUAUACUAUAGUUGGGGGAGAGAGACAUGAAAAACAUACACAUAGCUUAAAAUGGUGUCAGAUGAUGGGUGUUAUGAAAAACAUGAAGUGUGGAAUAAAGGGACUAGAGGUAUUGGGUAGUGCUGUUUUAUACAGAGCAUUUCUGCUUAGAUAACAUUAGUGUAAAGAUCUAAAAGAUCCAAACCAAAUGGAUGAG